AUGUCCCACGACCUUGGAUCGACCUCUCUGAUCUUACUACGCGUGCUGCUUUCCUAUUCGUUCUUCUCGUCGCUCCUCGCUUUCGUUCUUCUCUUUUUCUCUUCCGGCGGAGUUGUUGUCAUUGAUGCCCAGACGCCACUGGGCUCCGCCCACCCCUUCGAGUGCUGGGGCACCGUCCCCUCCGGACGGCCCUCCAACUCCACCGCCUUCAUCCAGCUGGCCCUGGGGAACCAACACAUGUGCGGCCUGACCGUCGCCAACACCGUCCAGUGCUGGGGUCAAAACGACGCGGGCCAGCGGAACAUUGACGCGCCGGGCCUCGAGUUCGCCUGGAUCACGGCCGGGUCCAGCGUCUCCUGCGGCCUCUUCUUGCCCAACCGCACCGCCCGUUGCUAUGGCUCCAACCUCAACAAUCGCACGAUCGUGCCCACCCACGCACCCUUAGCCGCGCUGGCCAUGCGCCAGGACUUUGGCUGCGCAAUGGAGCCCAACGGGGCCAUCACCUGCUGGGGCAACAACGCCUACAACCAGGUCUCGGCCAGUCCCGGCGGCAGCGGGUUCACCCAGCUGGCCGUGGGCGCCGACCACGCCUGCGCCCUGGUCAGCGCCACGGGCGUCACUCAGUGCUGGGGCAGCGCAGACAAGGGCCAGACCACCCCGCCAGCCGGGGUGACCUUCAAGGCCCUGUGCUCCGGCGCGAGCUUCUCGUGCGGCCUCGACGUCUCGACUGGCUUCCCCCGGUGCUGGGGCUUCUCGGACUUCUACUCCGGCACACCCAACACGACCGGUUUCGCAACGAUCGCGUGCGGCUCGUCGCACGUGUGCGGCGUCAAGAUCUACGACGGCUCGACGCAGUGCUGGGGCAGCGUUCUGUCGGGUAAUGCCAGGAACCCGCCGGCGCGCCACAUUUACGCGCAGCUCUACGCGGCCAACGACUACUCGUGCGGUUUCUACGCACCCGAGGCGUCGGCACCCCCGGCAUCGCCAAUGGCCACUGUGCCGGCGUUGCCGGGGGUGUCGCCGCUGGCGGCCAACGCGAGUGCGAGCUUUGGCGAGUCGGAGCCCACCGUCGACCUCUCCGCGCCCACUGCGUCGUCGUCCGUCGCGGUCAGGUCGAGCCUGCAGCUGGUCCAGGUGGGCAACACCACAGUCCCAGAUGCCAUGUGGGUCGCCAGCAACGCCACCAGCGGCAACAGCGGAGUGGGCAGGAGGUACGAGGCGCAGCUCGGUGCCGACACCAACGCCACGCAGGUGUUCGCAUUCAGCGCCAACUCGUCAGCCGCGAGCUUCUCCGGCCUGGAGUUCGUCAUCGCGCCCGGCUCGGUCAAGUGGUCGCUCAACUUCACCUCCAACGUCGACGCCGCGAAGGGCAUCACGCUGCGCUAUCGACUCUCCGAUCUCUCCAACUCCAGCGCCACCGGCCCGGCGGGCCAGCUGGCCGUGGUGCGGCGCUCGGACAACACGCCUCGGGCCAACAUGACCUCAUACUACCUCGCCGUGCCGUCAUCGUCAACAUCGGCCGGGGCGGUGGUGAUGGUGGUGGAGGUGUUCGACGUGGCCCUCGUCGACGACGCGGCCUUCGAGCCGAUCGCCCACGCCGUCGAUGUGGUAAGAGGCAGCAACGGUGACCACUAUGAGCUGGUGCUGGCCUUCCCGGCCUUCAACCGAUCGCUGUUCUACGACCCGAGCAUCGGGCUGGGCGUGCUGCUGGGCUCCGGCGGCGGGGGCGACGACGUGGGUCUCAUUGUGGGCGUAGUGGUGGCCGUCGGUGUUGCGGCGGUGGUCGUGGUGGCGGUGAUAGUGGCCGGUGUGGCCAUUGCCGUAUGGCGCAAGAGGCGCGACUUGCACUCGGGCAUGGUCAACUUCAACGUCAGGGCCGACGACAGCCAGUUGUGA